AUUUGACGUAGCUGGGACGAGAUAGAUCUGCCAGGCCAACAAACAAAGAUAUUGCCACCGACGACGGGGAGUUCCUUAUAGCCAGCAAGGCCAUAAAACUUGAGUGCCUCCUCAUCCAUACAAUCACACGAACCUGCAUCAUGACGGCCCGAACCUCCGUCGCGGGCGAGAAAUCCGGCUCGGUGCCGGGCUCUCGCUCGCGCACGCCCUCCGAAACAUCCCUCACCCCCGCCGCCGUCGACCCAGAAAGUCGAGCCGCCACCGACACCGCCCAGCAACCGUCAAAACCCUCCGCUCCGGGCCCUGUCCCCGACGGCGGCCUCGAGGCCUGGUUCCAGGUCCUCGGCUCCUGGGUCAUCCUCGCGCAAACCUGGGGCCUCGUCAACGCCUUCGGCGUCUACCAGACCUACUACGAGCGCACCCUCCAUGACGUCGCCCCCUCGGCAAUCUCCUGGAUCGGCUCCCUGCAGGGUGCCCUCCUGAUGAUGGUCGGGCCCAUCUCCGGACCCCUUUACGACGCUGGAUACUUCCGCGAGCUUCUCUGGGCCGGCAUGUUCCUGAUCCUCUUGGGCAUGUUCAUGACGUCCCUCUGCACCGCUUACUGGCAGGUCCUCCUCGCGCAGGGCGUGUGCGUCGGCGUCGGCUGCGGUCUGGUCUUCCUCCCCUCCACCGCGAUCCUCAGUCAGUACUUUGACAAGCGGCGCGCCCUCGUCAUGGGCAUUGCUGCGACGGGUUCGCCCAUCGCGGGCAUGACCUUCCCGAUCCUCUUCGGCCACCUCGAGCCCAAGAUCGGCUUCGGCUGGGCCACCCGCAUCAUCGCCUUCAUCCUACUGGGCCUCUCCGUCAUCCCUGCCGUCACGAUGCACACUCGCCUCCCGCCCUCGGGCCACAAGCGCUCGCUUGUUGACCAAACGGCCUUGCGCGACCCGGCCUUCACGCUCGUCGUGGUGGGUUCUUUCAUCGCGUUCCUAGCCAUGUAUGUGCCGUACUUUUACAUCCAACUCUUCGCCGUCAACCAUGGUAUUGGCUCAUCCGAUUUUUCGGCCUACUUUGUCACUCUCCUCAGCGCCGGGAGCAUCCCGGGCCGUGUGAUACCCAACUACCUGGCAGACAAGGUCGGUGCGCUGUACAUGCACAUCGCCGUCGCCGCGGGCUCGGCGAUCCUCAUGUUCGCAUGGCUGGGGAUCCGCAACAUGGCGGGUCUCAUCGUCUUCGCUAUCCUGUACGGCCUCUUCUCCGGCGGCUUGGUGAGCAUCUCGCCGACCGUCGUUGUCAGCCUCUCGCCGGACCUGAGCCGCGUGGGGACGCGCAUGGGCAUGAUGAACUUCAUCGCGGGUAUUGCCAUCCUCGUCGGGACGCCGAUUGCCGGUGCCAUUCUGGGCGACUACGGCGAGGUGGCGUGGCAGUCCAUGAUCGGGUACGGCGCCGCGGCUUUGACGGUCGGCUCGAUGUGUCUGACUUUGGCAAAGAUCUUCCAGUUGAAGACGGCUCGGAGUCUAAAGGACUAAGGAUGCGAGGAUGCAUGUACGAUGUAUGUAAUGCCUACCGAAUUUAGAAUGGGAAGCAACGGCCUUUCCGGCCAUGGAUGAUAUGUGCCCCUUCCCUGGAAACAAGUCGUUAGUCUUGGUCUACUGAAAGUGAAGAUUUGCAGUGCAUGGUGCGCCAGCAAUGAAGAUGCCGGGCCAAAUGCUUGAAAGAUCUACAGCCUGAUGAAGUCAUCUCUGGGAUAAGAAUGCCUUGGAAUAACAGAUAGGCCCACGGUGGCCAACCGAAAGGUGGGUUUUUUGUUAAGAGUCUCGCGAGGUCGAUGCUUGGAGAAGCAUUUCCGACUUAUACCACCAGUGCAGCGGGGUAAGGAAGAAAGAGUCUGUUUGGGUUGUGCACUGUACAGUUUCUGCGUCAAUCAACCAGGUAGACAUACAAACCGUCGUAGAGGCGUGCCGUUGUCGUCUCAAUUUCCAGACCCGAUGAUGCAAC